CACACACACACACACACACACACCUGUAGACACCAUCACCACCACCACCAAUGACCGAAACUCCACAGCAAUCAUAUUGAACCAUCUUUGUACCAAAAUGUGCCCUCUCCCGCGCUAUGCUCUCGGCUCUUUUUUUUUUUUGCUUUUCUGCUUUUCUGAGGCUCUCAAUAUCAGCCACUGCUCCAGCACGACAGCACACACAAGGAGGAGGAUCCCGGUAGUACAUUCGCACAACUUCAGUCCCAGGGCAACAAUCUCAUCGCUGCCCCCACCCUUGGGACGGAGAACGUCCACGAAGCAGCAGUAUCGGCAGAGCCCUGUGCUGUAGAGCCCGUGUUGCCAUCAUCACCGAGGGUGCAGAGCCGCAUGGUGAUCAUCCGUCGGCCUACAUCGAUCCAUCUGCUCCACCGCACUAGGGAGGUACUUGCUUGGGUACAUGACGGUGGGCGCCGCGUCCGAUACGCACCACAGGCUCUGGUUUCCACGAUGAUGGACUCACAGCUGCAGUUGGUAUGUACAGUUACAUACUCCGUGAAUCGGGAAGCCAAUGGAUGCGCAGCAGUAGCUCAAGACCGAAUUCG